GUGAAAGUGAAAGCGAAAACGGAAGUCUGUGUACGGUCACUUGAAAAUGGGCUUAUAUUUGCCAAUAGUUGUGAUACUUCUAAACAGUGUUUGCAGACAUGUCAUUGAACAUCACUUGUGGACAGUUAUAUCUGAUGCGAUGGAUUUCAUCCACAAACAUGGAAUUGAGGUCAUCCAGUUUCUUCAAAAUGAGUUUCCGGAACACAGUGGCCUGAUGCAGACCAUGUCCCGCAUGGGGGAUCCCCGGGCCGCCUUCCUGAUUUACUUCCCUGUGGCAUACUGUCUACACAAGCGUACUGGCAUACAAGUCCUCUGGUUGGCGUGCCUAUCGGAAUGGAUGAAUAACCUACUGAAAUGGGUGAUGCAUGGAGAGCGACCAUAUUGGUGGGUGAGGGAGUGCGGUCAUUAUCCUUCCAACUCUACAAUCGUACAACAGUUUCCCUUAACUUGUGAAACCGGACCUGGUAGUCCAUCCGGCCAUGGCAUGGUGACUGCCUCUGUUGUGUACUACAUUGUCUUGGCUGUUAUACGGAUCCACAAACCAAGGUUGUGGAUACAAGCCAUUAUUUGGUCCGUGUUUGUCUGGUUCCUAAUUGCAGUGAAUGUUUCCCGGCUUUAUAUUGCCACCCAUUUCCCACAUCAGGUUAUUUUCGGAACCUUCAUAGGAAUUGCUAUAACAGUGUUCACGGAACAGUUCAAACUUCCAGACGCUCGUUAUAACAUUCCCAUAGCGACCUCGGUAAUAAUACCGUUGUCUUGUAUUUUGACCUUCUACGUCUUCAAGAUGAUCGGCCUUGACCCUCAGUGGUCUAUCACCUUGGCAACCAAACACUGCGCCGACCCAAGCUGGAUUCACCUUGACACGACUCUUUUCAACGCCGUGUAUAGAGACGCAGGCGGUAUUUUAGGACUUGGACUGUUCCACUACGUCAUCUCCGAAAUGAGCAUACCCAGAUUUCACGCGUCAGAGAAUAUGACGUCACUUCCGUAUUUCAACAGACUCAUUCACGUUGGGCUGACAUUAUUUCUUUGUCAAAUGGCAGAAAAUGUGAAACCGGGCCAAUAUAGUGCGAUCUUUUACUAUUUUUUCACGUGUCUCAAGUUUGCAGUUCUUACGUUUACGACGAUGAGCGUUACAAAUGUGUUUUCUACGGGGAAAAUACCACCUGGAAGUGAAACCAUCAUAGCUGAGGAGCGCGAUGAUGAUUGUGAUAAACCAAAUUAAACAAAAAAUGUGAUUUUGAGUGACAGAAUCUGAUCUGGUCAAAACUGUAUUAUUUUCAAUUUGAUUGAAAACUGUAUGUAGUUAUGUUUUAUCAUGUUUUUAUGCUAAUGAAGGUUGGAAUAUUAAAAUCGCAUUUUCUCUCUA